AUGGUGCAUAUUCCGGACGAUGCAGAUUUUAACUCCUUCCGGGAGCAGUGCGAGAGUGCUGAAGGCUGGCAGUGCCAGUACAACAAAGGGGGAGUGACGGUUUGGAGCCAGGAGCAAGACAGCGGCAAGGCAGUAAAGAAACUCAAGAUGCGUAUUAUUUGCAAAGAUGUCUCUGCGGAGGUUCUGUAUGAUGUGCUCCAUGAUACCAGCUACCGCAAAAAGUGGGAUUCUAACAUGAUCGAUACCUACGAUAUUGGAAGACUCACUGUCAAUGUCGAUGUUGGGUACUACUCAUGGAAAUGUCCAAGUCCACUAAAGAACAGAGAUUUUGUGACGCUGAGGUCCUGGCUGCCACUUGGGAAUGAUUAUAUGAUAAUCAAUUACUCGGUGAAGCACCCGAAACAUCCUCCUAGAAAGGAUUAUGUUAGAGCAGUUUCCUUGCAGACUGGAUACCUAAUUAAAGCCAAUGGAGACAAAAGCUGUAUUCUCUACUACCUUACGCAAGUUGACCCGAAAGGCUCAUUACCAAAGUGGGUGGUAAAUAAAGUUUCUCAAUUUGUGGCUCCAAAGGCAAUGAAGAAGAUUUACAAAGCGGGUUUAAAGUAUCCAGAAUGGAAGAAAAAGCAUGACCCUCAUUUCAAGCCUUGGGUUUAUCCAGAGCAGAACACACUACCUACUGUGAACCUGGAAGAUCUGGCAAUCCAGCGAGCAGAUGAGCUGGAAAACAUAGAUGAAAGUGGAGUGGUGGAAGACAGGAUGCCCAUCAGUGAUGAUGAGGAUGGGCUCGCCAAGGAUUCUUAGACAAUUUUACAAUUAUCUAAACAUUAGGAUGGUUUUCUAAUUUUUGUGUUCAGCUACCAGAUAUAGUUCAGUACGUAUAAUUAACCCUUGAUGACUUCUGGUCCUGCUCUAACCUUUUUCACUUUACUUUUCACAUACUGCUAGUGACAAUAGGACCAGAAUGAACACCACACAUAUAUUCUCCCUUUUGGGAAACAAUUAUGUGUUUCAUUUGAUAUUCUUGUCAAUAGUCCAAUUUUGACCUUGAUGACCCUAAAAGGGUUUUCUCAUCUUGCCAUUUCCACAAGAUGGAACUAAAUGCAGGCCCACUCAGCAGUUUCCAUAGGUCUGGCCACCUGGAGCUGGUGCAUAGUCUCAUCUCAUUAUGGGAAAGGCAAGAUGGGACAACACCUAUGAGUCUACUAGAAGCUGUAACUAGUAGGACAUGAGGAGAUUGCAAAUGUUGAAAGCUUCUUUCCUUCAUCCCUGGCAUGAAAGAGUACAUUGUUUAAGGUGUUCCUAAAC